GUGGGAGAGAGAGAGAGAGAGAGGGAGAGGUGGGGGGAAGAAACAAGAUGGAUCGGCAAAAGGAAGAUGUCAAACACUCAACGACGAACAUCUCCGAUCUCCCACCUAAUCUCUUCCCAUUUACAUUAUUUUUAACCAAAUUAAUUAAUAAAACCAGAGAAAGAGAAAGAGAGAGAAAGAAGAGUUAAUAAGAAUAGAGGUAGAAAGAGUCAUUAAAUGUAUGAAGCGACAUUCACAAUAAUUCGAAAGGAGGAAGACGAGCAAGAUACGGCCACACUCUCAGUGUCCUCGUCCACCACAACGCAAAGCCCCUUUCUUCGGAGAAUCAAUCUCCAACCCACUCUCUUCCAAACACACACACACACACACUCUCCUUUCUUUUGUUAAUUUUGCUUCCCCCUUUUUUCUUCACCUUCAUCGGAGAUCGUGAACAAGAUCAACUAAAGAAUCAAGAAUCCCCCUUUUCUGUUUGGAUUUUGGAUUUUUUUUCCCUAUUUAUAACCAUGCAAUCUCACGACCAACCCUUCAGUCUCCAUGGCGGAUUCCGGCGAUUUCAACGGCGCUCAGCCUCCUCAUAGUCCUCUCAGAACCACUUCUUCCGGUAGUAGCAGCGCUCCUCCUCCUCCUCCACCUCCUCCCGUCAUGGUGAGAAAGCGAUUAGCCUCCGAGAUGUCUUCAUCUUCUUCCUUAAACACCCCUGACUACACCAACCAUCGUCCUCCUCGCCGUGCCCCUCACCUUCUUGACUCCACCUACUUCAUGACCUCUCCACCACAACCACCACCGCCUGUUUCCGCCGUGACCGUCGACUCCACCACUCAGCCAACGCCACCUCUCUCCGUCUGCGGCUUCUCCGGUCUUCCGGUUUUCCCUUCCGACCGCCGGACGGCGAUGUCCAUACAGACAAUGGAACAAGACCCUUCAGCUUCUUCUUCUUCUUCACCUACUGUCUGGGUCGACGCCAUCAUCAGAGACUUGAUUCACUCCUCGACUUCUGUCUCAAUCCCUCAACUUAUCCAAAACGUUAGAGACAUUAUCUUCCCUUGUAACCCAAAUCUUGGAGCUCUUCUCGAGUACAGACUCCGAUCUCUCAUGCUUCUUGAUCCUUCUUCCUCUUCUGACCCUUCUCCUCCUCAACCUUUCGACUCCAUCACUCAACCUCUCUAUCAUCAUCAGAUCCCUAACAAUCCUUCUCCUCCUGUAACGCAGCAACAACAACAACAACAACAUCAUAAGCCUCCUCCUCCUCCUCCUACGAUUCAGCAGCAAGAAAGAGAAAAUUCUUCCACCGAUGCACCACCGCCAGAGACGGCGGUGACUUGUACAGCCACCGUAACAACCACGGCGGAGGCGUUAAGAGAGAGAAAAGAAGAGAUUAAGAGACAGAAGCAAGACGAAGAAGGUUUGCAUCUUCUCACAUUGCUGCUACAGUGUGCUGAGGCAGUCUCUGCGGAUAAUCUCGAAGAAGCAAACAAGCUUCUUCUCGAGAUCUCUCAGCUCUCUACUCCUUACGGAACAUCUGCGCAGAGAGUCGCUGCUUACUUCUCCGAAGCUAUGUCAGCGAGACUGCUCAAUUCGUGUCUCGGUAUCUACGCUGCUUUGCCUUCACGGUGGAUGCCACAAACGCACAGCUUGAAGAUGGUCUCUGCGUUUCAAGUGUUCAAUGGGAUAAGCCCUUUAGUGAAAUUCUCACACUUCACGGCGAAUCAAGCGAUACAAGAAGCGUUCGAGAAAGAAGAGAGUGUGCACAUCAUCGAUUUGGACAUCAUGCAGGGACUUCAAUGGCCUGGUUUGUUCCACAUCUUGGCCUCUAGACCUGGAGGACCUCCUCACGUGCGUCUCACGGGUCUUGGUACUUCCAUGGAAGCUCUUCAGGCUACUGGUAAACGUCUCUCGGAUUUCGCGGAUAAGCUUGGCUUGCCUUUCGAGUUCUGCCCUCUAGCUGAGAAAGUUGGAAACUUGGACGCAGAAAGACUCAAUGUGAGGAAAAGAGAAGCUGUUGCUGUUCACUGGCUUCAACAUUCCCUUUAUGAUGUCACUGGCUCUGAUACACACACCCUCUGGUUACUCCAAAGAUUAGCUCCUAAAGUUGUGACAGUAGUGGAACAAGACCUGAGCCAUGCUGGUUCCUUCUUAGGAAGAUUUGUGGAAGCAAUACAUUACUACUCGGCACUGUUCGAUUCUCUUGGAGCAAGCUACGGUGAAGAGAGCGAAGAGAGGCAUGUGGUGGAGCAACAGUUACUGUCGAAAGAGAUAAGGAAUGUUUUGGCGGUUGGAGGACCGUCGAGGAGUGGUGAAGUGAAGUUUGAGAGCUGGAGGGAGAAAAUGCAGCAGUGUGGCUUCAAAGGCAUAUCUUUGGCCGGAAAUGCAGCGACGCAAGCCACUCUUCUUUUGGGAAUGUUUCCUUCUGAUGGUUAUACUUUGGUUGAUGAUAAUGGUACGCUUAAGCUUGGAUGGAAAGAUCUGUCUUUGCUCACUGCUUCAGCUUGGACUCCUCGUUCUUAGCUUUAGUUUUCUGUCUUUUUUUUUUUCUUUUUUCUUUCUUGACAAACAAUGCCCAUAAAUAGAUUUCACCUGGGGUUUACUUUUUGUUUAUGUGUUGAAAAAAGAGAGGAUCCUUGAGUCUUUUGUUCGUUCCACUUGCACUCUGUAUUGCUGCCUUAUUUGGUGGAAUAUACAUAGAAGUUGUUGA